AUGCCCAUCCACCACGAUCCCCUCUUCCCCACCCUCACCCUCAACUCCUCCAAACCCCUCCACCAAAACCUAAUUCUCACACGUCCCCGCACCUCCGAUGCAAAAAACUCCAUUGCCGCCUUUGCCAAUCCAGCCGUCUAUCUCAAUCUGACCGGUCCUCCGUUUCCCUACACACAGGACGAUUUCGAUUCCUUUUUUAACGAAGUGCUAGAUAAGAAUUCUCGGAUUGCCGCUGCGGAACUAUGGGAUGCGAAGAGUGCGCAGGAAGAUGGUUCACCGGUGCAGAAAUGGGUGGGUGCAGUUCCGUUUCCGAGUAUUAGGGAAGUGAGGGUGGGGGAGAAGGGAGAGAGGAUAGAGGAGUUUAUUGGGCAGAUAGAUAUUAGGAGGAGGGGGUUUGUGACGACGAUAGAUGAGGAAGAGAGGAAGAAGUUGGCGGGGGAGCAUGCGGAAAGAAAGACGGGAGAUCCAGGGAUUGAGUGGGAGAUUGGUUUCUGGCUCCUCCCCUCUCACCACGGCCGUGCCAUCAUGCCAGCUGUUCUGCAAACCCUCACUUCGGAAUUCUUCAUUCCGUAUAUGAAUUUAAAUUUCUUGACGGGUGAGUAUUUAGAGUUCAAUAAAGCGAGUAAAAGAGUUUUUGAAAAGUGUGGAUUUGUAGAUGAAGGGAUUACGGAUGGGGUGGAGGCGAUCCACGAAGGGAAGUGGGAAGCAUUGGGCGUGCUGUUAGAAAACUUGAAGAGUAAUGGGGACGACGAAAUAUGGGAGAAAGCUCAGAGAAAGGGCUGGUUGAGGGGAGAGAAGGUGGGGGUGGGAAGCUUGAGAUGGCACAGAGAGGGAGAAGUGAAAGAGAAAGAAGACGGAAAGAGGGAGAAUGGUAAGAUCGUUGAAUAA